ACUGUCUGUAUGUGCAUUUUACAUAGGUAGGAUCUGUUUACUCUUCUAGUCCCUAUGGUAACAUGAAGGAAACAGUCAUGGAUGCCAAUCAGACUGUGCGUGCCGCGUUUAAUGUGUUUCACUGGAUGCACACGAUCGACGUGUAUUAUCGUUGCAUAGAGGCCGUUGACUUUGUUGCUAAAAAAUGUGACAAGUAAGAAUUAACGGUUUUUCUUUUUUUCUUUUAAAAAAUGCAAAGUGACAUUCCUCCUUUACCAAUAUCAUGUUUAUCCGAUAAUACCCGCUUACGUAGAAACAGUAAUAAUUUAAAAACGAGGCUGAACACGCAAGACUGCAGAAACAAUCCCAUUCAGAAGAGCAACCGAAGUACAUUAUUGCUAUUAUCAAGUAGAAAACAGCAAUAUCCUUUGAUUGCUGGAACUAGUCCUUACAAAAAUAGUGCCCGCUUCAACCCGCCUGACACGGCCAAGUCUACGAGUAAAAGUGUCAUUGGUCAACGCGUCUGCUCCGCAAAAAUGAUACGCAUAAAGCAAUUACAGAAUCAAUUAGCCGAUGCUCAUUUUCACCUGAACGAGCUGUCAAACGAAAACAAACUCCUCAAAGCAAUACAGAAAAGGCAAGAUGCAGCUCUGAAACGAUACGAAGGAACCAACGCCGAAUUGCCCAGAAUAAUAAACACUCAUCACGAGGAUCUGAGGGUAUUGCAGACGAAGCACAAAAAGUUAAGAUCUCAGUAUAAGGAAAAAUGCGAGCAACUGAAGGAGAAGGAAAACGAGCUGCAUUCUUUGCAGACGCAAAAUAAGAAGCUUUUGCAAUUGAGUAAGGAUCGCCACUUGGGAGAAAGAGAAAAACUGCAGACGCAAGUUUUCGAUUUGAGUCACAGAAUAAGUCAGCAGGACGAGACUAUUCAGACUCUGAAAAGGAAAUUGGCUUUGGAAACUAAGUAUUUGAAGCAUCAACUACACGCUGAAUUGGUAAAGCAUAAAGAAACGCAAAAGACACUACAGGAUACUCAAGAGAAAUUGAAAAAAUUUGAGCAACUGAAUAAGCAGAGGGAGAAGCAGUAUUACGAAGCUAGUAAUCUCGCAUAUUUCAACAGGGAAAGGGCAGCUAUAUCGAGUCAGUCACUUACGAAUUUAAGUGAAACCAGAUCAGAAAACGUUAUUAAAGGAGUAGUCAGCUUUAGAAGGCGACCAAGUCAAGCGGCAACAGGUCAAUCACUACCAGCCCUCAACAGGCCGACCUCAAUAACGCGUAGCCAGUCUCAAGAAACUCCGCAGAAAACCAAUCGGGAAGUUCCUUCGCCCAUUUGUGAGACCUUCCUAAACUUCGAGCAAAUAAAAAAUUUCAGUCUUCAAAAACCACAAACUUCACCAGCUUUGCAGAGAGCAUCGUUUUCCACUUCCAGAGGUAGUGUACGAGAUUCGCCGAUAAAGGAGUCUGAAGAAGCAGAAGCUAGCGAGAAUUCGAACGGUACUGAAGGAAAAUUCAAAAGAACGUACGAGCUUCCAAAAUCGCUGAAGAAAGAAUUCGGAUAUCUAAGCGACGAAGAUAAGGAUACGAAUGAUCAGGAGAGUUUUGAAAAAGCCGAGGCUUCUAUCGAUCUUACAACCAGAUCGAGAUUAUUGCAUGCAAGACUGGUCAGUUCUGCAACUGAGGGAUUACGCACAACAAAAACUCAAGUUUCGAGCAGAUCGCGUUCUUUGACCAAGGAGAACAUGGACAACAUUGUGGAAAACGACCGAGAAACGAAAUACGAUCGAGACUCUGUAAUUACCGUGAUUUCCAGAGACAUGUUGAAAGACGACCUAGACAUAGAUAACACAAAUAGCAAUAGUGACUUAGAGAGUGAAAUAGAACUGCCCGUUGAAUUCCACGCUGAUGAGGACGAGAACGUGAUUAGGAAAUCCGAUAUUAACAUCGACGAAGCAGAGUUGGCUAAACAAUCGAAUACCUCGUCGCAUUUGUCGAGUUUAUUUACGAAACUUUACAAUCCUUCCAAUCCAUCGAAUGAGUCUAAAAAGGAUAAAGAUGAUACCGAAGCGAUUGUAAGCAGCAAAAACGAAAAAAGUGAGUUCAAAUCGGUCAAUGGUUUGUUGAUUCAUCCGCAAUCAAUCAAAGAGGAUGUUGAUAUUGAUAAGUUGUUAGCACAAAAAUCUAUUCCAAAAGAAAUAUUUUCUAAAACUCCUUGGGAUAAUGAUAGGUACACCACAAGUUUGUCAAAAGAAGCUAAGCAAAGUUCAGUUUUGGAUCGAUUUGUGAGUUCUAGUCAAAAGGACGAAACGACAGAUAAAGCUGAAAAGCCAUCGGAUGAUUUGAGCCCAGAAUUGGAAGAAAUCAAAUUACCGGAAAGUAAUGUAAAAAGUAAUAAAUCUAAUAAUGUAUUUGACUACGAUAGCGUUAAAGAGUCUGAUUCCAAGAGUGAAACGGAACAGAAGACUGGUAGCGAAAAUUCUAAAACUUUUGAUAAGGCAAAAUUAUUAGCAGCUAUAAAGGCGAUCGAUGACAAUGAAAACAUAGAAUUCAUUGAUCAAAAAACGCGAAGAAAUAGCGCUUCUAACCGGUUGCAGAUAACGGAAAAUUUGUAUAGGGGUAUACCUACACAUUCAAAGAAGAAAAGUGAUAUAAUGAAAGAACUGUUUUCAGAUACUAAAUUAGACAAUAAUAAAAACAGUAAGGAUUAAAUUGAAGUUGAUAAGAUCGGAAUAUCAAUUUAACUACAUUCACUGUCGUGACCUGCUCAAAGUAGGUUUUGCAUAACGAAUAGUGAAUUAUUCAAAUGAGAUUAAGAAUAUUUUUAGUCUUUAUAGGUAGACUAAAAAAUAUAUUUUUGUUAUAUUUUUUCACACUAAAAGAUUUAUGAGAAGUAUAUAUAAUUUUAAAGACAUCAGAACAUUCAUCAUAUACAUCCAUCAUUUUGUAAAUAAAUAUUAUUAUGUCUGCUGAAAACUGAUGCAUUUUUUUAUUUAAAAAUCGACACUGUUGAUGGAACAAGGAUAUAACAAUAGGUAAUAAAUUGUAAAGACAACAGUUAAAAAAUUAAAAAAUACAUAUAUUUUUCAAACUUCA